AUUUAAAAAUAAACAAUACAGACAUAUAUAAAAUGAGUAAUGAAUUUUGAUACCCUAACCCGCCGGAAAACUCCGAACAACCCCCACUCCCAACACUCCGGUAGCAGCCCGCGGAUAGCGAAAUCAGGCAAUAGCUUAAUAGUUAAAAAAAAUGGCUUCGUCCACCGGUCUCCGAGAAUUGCAACGUGACCUAGAGAACAAAGCCAACGAUCUUAGCAAACUUCAAAAAGAUAUAUCAAAGAAUCAUCAAAUCAGAAAGAAGUAUACUAUUCAACUUGGUGAAAACGAGCUUGUUCUCAAGGAAUUGGAUCUGUUGAAUGAAGACGCCAAUGUUUACAAGUUGAUAGGACCAGUGCUUGUGAAGCAGGAUAUGGCAGAAGCUAAUGCCAAUGUCAAAAAGCGGAUUGAGUACAUUUCAGCUGAAUUAAAGCGAUUAGAUAGUACUGUUCAAGACUUGGAAGACAAGCAGAACAGCAAAAAGGAAACGAUUAUGAAGCUGCAACAAAAGAUUCAGUCUCUCCAAGCGGGAAAAGGCAAGGCCUGAUGCGCCUUAGGGACUAACAUGGCACCACGGGCAUGUUAGAUCACAUUUAAACAGGUCGUGUUGUCCCAGAAACUCGAAGUAUUUUCCUUAUUGUUCCGUUGGUUUUUGUAGAUCAAAGGGUUACAUGAUUUAUAUGGUCUUUAGUCACGUGUGAUAUUAUUUUAUAACUUUAUAACUAGCUGCAGCUUCUUUAAUGGAUGGUUGUUAUCGUGGUUAAAAUACUUUUCAAAAUUUUGCAAA